ACACAGGUGGGGGGGAGGGAAGGAAAUUAGCCCAUUAAAAACACAGUCCGUGUAACAAUGAACAGGUGCAAUAAAAUAAAAAGAAUACCAGCUUACAAACACACAUUAGAAAACGUGUACAGCCUGACUGUAAAUGCAUUUCACAGUGUAGAAGAAACAGGAUACGAGGGGUCCUUGAAGGCAGCACUUGACUGACAGUCCCGCAGUCUAAUCCAGGGAGUGAGGACUCAGCAGCUCCGUUAUGUGUCGAAUCAACGUCGGCUCGGCGCUUACAGGCUGUGACUGAGAAAAACCCUGCCGUACUUCGCUCAUUCAGCUCUUAAAGCUCACUUUUUCAGCUCAAGCCGUCGGGCUCCUCGCUACAGAUUUGCUCCUUUGCCGGGACUCCGCAGACGUUACGUCGGGACAAUGGAAUCCAACGUUAUCCCGGACAGUGUCCGCCAUCAGCGGCUACAGCCGGGCAUCGGAUUCAGUUCGGGAGCGACCGGGACCCUCCGCUCCUCUCUCCGGCCCGGGGUUACGGUCCCCAUCGCACCGUUGCUGUCCUCUCCGGCCUCUCUGGCGGCGUCCUCCGGGCCUCCUCCCCCGCCGCCUCCGCUGCAGCUCCACAGCCUGUACGGCGGAAUGGGAGCGGGGCUGGGGCCGGGGGCUAGCGGUCACUGUAACCCGGGGAACCCGGCCGUGCUGAAGGAGGCGGUGGAGGCUGUGGUUCGCAGCUUCGCCAAACACACGCAGGGUUACGGCAGAGUGAACGUGGUGGAGGCUUUGCAGGAAUUUUGGCAGAUGAAGCUGACCAGAGGAGCCGACCUGAGGAACGGAGCCCUCGUUGUUUAUGAAAUGGUCCCGUCCAACAGCCCUCCUUAUGUUUGCUAUGUUAGCCUUCCAGGCGGCAGCUGCUUUGGAAGUUUCCAGUUCUGUCCCACAAAGGCAGAGGCGAGACGCAGCGCCGCCAAAAUAGCCCUGAUGAACUCCGUUUUUAACGAACAUCCCUCGCGUCGGAUUACAGACGACUUCAUUGAGAAGAGCGUGAAUGAGGCGUUGGCCUCCUUUAAUGGAAACAGAGAAGAGGCCGACAACCCCAACACAGGGAUCGGGGCGUUUCGCUUCAUGCUCGAGUCCAAUAAAGGAAAGUCCAUGCUGGAGUUUCAGGAGCUGAUGACUGUGUUCCAGCUGCUGCACUGGAACGGAAGCCUCAAAGCCAUGAGAGAACGGCAAUGUUCCCGACAGGAGGUGCUGGCUCACUACUCCCAUCGGGCUCUGGAUGAUGACAUGCGCACUCAGAUGGCCGCCGACUGGGUGAACCGAGAGCAGAGUGUAGCGGGCACCAUCGCGCAGGAGCUGGCCACGACAGAGCGGGAACUAGAGGACGCCAGGCUGGCGGGCAGAGAACUGCGUUUUUACAAAGAGAAGAAGGACAUCCUCAUGUUAGCUGUGGGUCAGCUCAGUGCAGCCAACACCGCCACUCUGCCAUCACACUAAACCAACCGUAUGGAAACAUGCCUUCGCACUCCGUAGGAUUCCUGGUAACAGUAUUGAUCACUUCAUAGGUGACUUCUCAGAACGUUUUAGGUUUUGUUUUGUUUCGUGUACCAGGUAAUCAAGCCUUGACUUACAGUAUGCACAUCUUGUCCAUAAAACAAAUACUAGCCGCUAUAGCCCGUUACCUCUUUGUGCCUAGUAAUUACAGGAUGACAGUGCUUUUUCUCUAGAUGCCUGUAAAAGUGCUCGGCAUUCAAUGUGACUGGGAUUUACAUGUUUUGUUUUCAUUAUUUCAUACUGUACUUACUCAAAGUAGACCUAUGGAGACAAAACCUUUAUGGAUCAGUGAAUGUACGGGGCAUAAAAUGACCCAUCAGACCAAAACCUAAUGAGGUAUAGCUCCUGUGUUUCUUCUCGGCUUCGGUUUGUUUUGGUUGGUUGUAGUAUUUGGGAUGGGAAGAUGCCAAAAUUGAUGACGCAAGAAGCCUGUGUUUGUUCAUGAAUAAAGCACAGGAACAGAGGUCACCCACUCAGCAAGAUAUGAAUGAAGGGGAUAAAAGAUCCCAGCUAAUAUCACCGGUUUUCUGUAAUGGAUGUGCAACCUGCUCCUACAGGUUUUUUAUGGGAAGCAGCCUCUAAUAAUACUAGACUUCUAGUAAGCACAGAAAUACACUUAUUGACUCAUGUAAUAAUAAUUUGUGGGUAAUUUGCAAAAGAAGAAACAUGUCAGCA